AUGCCAUCCUCGGACUACACGGCGGCCACAGGCGGCGCGCUGAAACUCAAAGGCGGCGGCGGCGUCGACAAAAAGAAGAAAAAGAAGAAGCCAAAGACUACCGAAUCCACAAAACCCGCCGAAGACACGUCCACCGGUGUCGCGAAACAAUCAAACACCGACGAUGACGCGCGCAAAUCACCUUCAGGCACACCCGGCCGCUCGAUGUCACCCGAAACUGCGGAGCGAUCGAUACGAGACGGCGGCGGCAGGCAGAAGACAGAAGCGGAAAGACGGCAUGACGAGAUGCGAAGGAAGAGAAUGGAGGAGAGGCUGAAGAAGCAGGGAGUCAAGACACACAAGGAGAAGGUGGAGGAACUCAACAAGUACCUGAGCGGACUGAGCGAGCACCACGACAUGCCCAAGAUCGGACCCGGCUAA